CUUUCGUCACCGGUUUAAGGAAGCGCUCCUCCGCAUGGCCAGCACCGCCGCUGCUGCACGGCUGGCCUACCCGGUGGGGCUGAUGCUGCGGGGGCCCACACCGCCGCUCGCGUUGGCGCCGGUGGUGACGGCGGUGGCUCCCAGCAUCGCUGCGACCUCCUCCUCGCGUGUUGACGAAUUCGCGUCAGAUGGCUUCACUCUGGACGGCUUGAGAGAGGUGCCGGUGCUGGCUCCCACUGUCGCAGCAGCAGCCGCUGCAGCGGCGGAGGUGGCGGGGGCAGCGGCAGCCGGCGGAGCUGCUGCUGCUGCUGCAGCUGACGGGAACGCUGGCAAUGUGGACAGUGCAGGCGGAGCCUACGGACGUGGAGAUGAAGACCCAGGUGCGGCGGGAAGGACAACGGCAGCGGCAACCUCCGCUUCUCUGGCGAGGGCGACGGCUUCUCGGACCGGCAAUCCACGCUGUCCGGUGCCGCUGUGGGCUGCAUGUCUGCCGGCGGCGGUGGCGUGUACGACAACAACAGCAUCAUCAACGACGGCGGCGGUGGCAGCGGCGUCAGAUCUGCCUAUCGUACCGCCGCUGCGUGUGUGUCGUACUCCGGAGGCGGCGGCGGAGGCGGUGGAUCUGACGUUGUUGGCGUUACGAGGCCCUUUUGGCACGCCGUUGAACAGCGUGGGAGGACUGGGGGCGUAUGGCAGGGACUUGGAGCUGCUGCUGCCCGUGAGAGGUCCCGAUCUGCGCAAUCGCCUUGCCGCCAUUCGCCACUCCCUGGCCCCCACCGCCACCACCGCAGCCGCCGGGCCGCUCGCUCUCAGCUACCCGGAAGCAGGCAUGCUGCGCAUUCGGUUGGGCUGCGGCGCCUGCGCGGCCUGCACCGACCCAUGGGCCACCUCGCCCUGCUUGCGGCCACUUUCCCUGGCGUAUGAAGCUUUCCUCCUCCGUUUCAUUUACUAUGAGGUGGAGGUGAAGGCUCGGGCAGCGCUCCGCUGGGCGCUUGGGUGGGACCCCGUUGCGGCGCAUGCGGCUGCCGCGAGGGCUGCGCUGGGGCUGGGACUUGACAGCGGCAGGCGAG